UUGUAAUGAAUUUGAAGGCUUAAACCCUUGAAAAACGAAAACCUGUGUUGUGUUGUGCUUGUGCAUCGAUCAUUCAUCUGUAAUGUUUCUGAAUCGAAGUUGAAGAUGAUGACACCAUUUAAACGCUUACACUUAGUUCGCACACUCUGUCGCUCAUCUCAGAUCGGAGAAUCUUCGUCGUAUCUGCUCGGUAGCUGCAAGAGUUAUUCCUCUGCACUAUCAAAUGGUUCUGAGGGUAAUUUCAGGAGCUUCUAUCCCCAUUUGUUAAGGGGCCACGAUGGCAUUCCCUUUGCUGGUGUAAAAUCUUUGACACUCCGAUCAACAAUGGCAGCUGAGUUGUCUAUUUUCAUGAACAAUAAGAGGAUGGCAACGACUCAAGUCAAAGCCCCACCACAAGCGCGAAAUGUGGUGACGCAAAUGGCCAUGACAAGCCCUGGAUUUAUCUAUGAACCUUAUGCACCUCGUGAGAAAAUCCUAUUUUGGAAGAGAUGGUUCACUAGAAGUGGUUGGAUAAGAACAAAAAAUGACAUCAUUCUUGAGCUCAAAAGUGCCUAUGCUAUUGCAAAAUUAAGAAAAAAGGGCUAUUCAAAAAAGCAGUUUUACAAUGAAGCUGCCAAUAUGUACAAGGAGAUAAACACUCUAAUAGCUAAUGGUGACAAAAAAACGUUAAGGAAAGCAGUUACUGAGAAGAUGUUUUCUGCACUUAAGAAUGAAAUUAGACAAAGAGAAACUGCAUGGAGGAAGGUAUACUGGGAAAUGGUCGAGCCCGUUGUUAAGAUUCGGACUUUACGUGCCCGUCUGAUUGGAGUUGAUCGGAAGGACAUGGAUAAAACAUUUAUUCAGCUUACUCUUGAGAUUUUGGCUAAACAGAAAUUUGAAGCAUAUGACUCAAAAGGCUCUGUCGUAGCUGGAGAUAAAAGCAAGGAGGUUCUUGUCCGUGAUAUAUGGGUAUUUGAGAAAUCUAUGUUUCACCCUGAUGCUUACUGGCGUCUGUGUGGGCGGAUAUCACCAGAAGUGUUUUCUCAUUGAAAAAAGAGACCCAAGUUUAUGAUAGUUAGCUGUUCUUAUGUUGUAUCUUAUAACUGCUGAGCUGAAUUCUUAUAUUUAUUUGUCAUUGGAGCCUUGUCCUCUUAAUAAAAUCAAAUCUAGGUGUAAACCUAUGCAAAUUUUGUUCUUCGAAUGAAAUCCUUUUGCAGAGUUU